AUGGUGAAUGGGUUAGGGGGGGAACGGGUGUCGGUACCGUCACGAUAAUACAGUGUUCUGUUCUGUCCUGUAUUUUCUCUCCUUAUUCUGUUCGUAAUUCUUCUCUCCUAUUCUGUGCUAAUUAAAUUAUUCCUGUUUUUAUUCGUAGAAAUAUAAUUUCAAGAAGAAACAGGAAUAUUGGAAAAUAUAAUAGAACGUAGGAAGUAGAAAAAUAAGUAGGAACGAGGAAGGCAUCAUCAACAAGAACAACGAACGAGGAAAAAGAUAUGGCCUGUCUCAGGAAGCCACCGGUCACUACUCUGACCGUUUACCUCAUCUACCUUCUAGCACUCUUCGGUUCCUACUGUCAAAUGGCACCAGCAGUAGCUGGUGCCACAAAAGGUUGGGAUGUCGGAAGUGGGCUCAAAUAUGAGCUAACUACAAUAGUUUUGUUCAGAGAGGCUGGACCCUCCAAGUCUGUUGGUGACGUCGGCUUCCAAUUAACUGCCGAGUUAGAUGUGACCGCUGUUUGGAGGGAUCCUAACGAUCCAGAAUCUCUUCUUUUAAAUAUUGAGAUUUUAUCACCACAAUUGUUGAUUAAAUCACGGAAAGCACCAGAACCGGAGGGUUUCGUAAAACAUUCUUCCAAAGUUGACGAAAUAUCAGAGAAACCUGUCAUCGUUUUAUGGAAAAAUGGUGAAAUUCGUGGAAUUUAUUUGGACACGUCGGAAUCAAUUUCGUCGAAAAAUUUGAAACGAGGAUUAGCCAGUAUUUUUCAAUACAAAACUUUGGACGAUGAGAUACGAGAAAAGGAUGCUUCGGGUCUUUGCACGGUUUCUUACGUUUCUAUGGGACCGAGAACAAUAUUUAAACGUAAAUCCAAUUGCAAGCACAGUUUAACGCCAAAGAAACAACAUCCUGAUUUUAUUUUCGGUGUAAAUCUUUUAAGUUCACGAAACGUUACUUACGAAUUGUCAACAUUUUUAUUACCAACGAAUAUUAAAGAAGAAGAAGAACACGAAUUGACUUUGAUUACCAGACCGGAAUUAGGCAGUAUUGUUACUUCGAAAAGAUUAUUAGUACAGAUACCAAAAGAUAUCAAAGUUAAUAAAUUAGAUGCCAAUUCCGUUAAACACGCGGUAGCUCUUCUACAACCCGGUUACAGAGAAACCAAUAUCGAAUUGGAAAUGGAACCAUUUACCUGUCCAGAUUCUCGAUGUCCAAUGCUUGAACAAACGGUGGAAGAAAAUCGUGAGUCACUGAAUAGUGCGGCAUUGGGUACAACGAAAUCAGCGUCAGCAUUUUUGAAACUUUUACCUCUAGUCAAACGAACGCCUUCCGAUCAAUUAGAAAAAUUAUUAAAAAUUCCACGUUAUCGUCAAUUGAAGUUGCAAUUAUUGGAUCUUUACGGAUCAACGUCAACCCCAGCAGCACAUCAGGCUGCUAUGAAGGUACUCAGGCAAGAUGAGAAAGGGGAUGACAUUGAAAGGUAUCUUUGGGCUUUGUCCAUGUCACCAACUCCGAAUGCCGACAUAGCCAAAGAUAUUUUGAAAAGAUCCGAGGAUAUUGUGCAAAACGAUAAAGUAUCGGAAACGUUUGCGUUAACGGCGGCGGCCAUUGCACGACAUUACGGGACCCCAGCUGUGAUAGAAAAGGCACGAAUUAGUUUAGAAUUAGGUUUAGAUAGAUGUAAAUUAGAAGAAUGUAAGAUUAAAUAUUUGCGAGCUUUUAGAAAUUUAAAAAGUAAAGAGACUAUUCCGAUAUUGUUGAAAUACGCUAAUGAAGAGAAUCGUGCUAUCAGUGUUGUAGCUUGGCGUGCAUUGGCCUCUCUUCCACGCGAAUACGUAACAUCCGAUAUUAAGGAAGCCGCAUUUAAAACUCUUUAUCAAAUUGGUGGAUUUAAAAAAGAUAGCAGUGCUCGUACACUUGCUUUGGAUAUUAUUCUUGAUAACGGACCGUCAAAGGAUGAACUUGAAGAACUCGUUAAAUUUUUAGCGAAUACCGAUGUCGCUUAUGAGAUACGUAAAUAUUUGUAUCAACGUUUCGAACAAUUGUCGGAAAAAAAUCAAACAUUUGCGCGCAAUUUAAAAGAUAAUUUCAAUAAACUACAACAGAAGAUAAAUAAUUACAAUGUUUUAGCGCAAAAAGGUUUGAGUACGGCAUUUUCGCGAGAUUUCUUGAAAUCAGCGGGUAGCAAUGGAUCUCUCGUAACCAUACAAGAAAUAAAUGGUGGCUUAUUGAAACGUGGUACGGUUAACGUAGUAUUAGAAACUAACGAUCAAGAGGAAACAAUGUUUUCACUUGGUCUUUUCGCUCGUGGACUUAGUAGUUUUGUUUCUUCGGGUCAAGAUGAGAAUACCGAUGCGGAUGACGAAGCAACAGCUACAGCUGGAAUGGAAAUUGAUUUAUUAGGCGUCGGUAUAAGACCUUUCGUAUUUUUUUCCGGCCAAGGCGAAUUGAUGGGACACGUUUGGUCUGGAACAGCAUCCGAAAGGACACCAGCUUUUCAAGCGAUUACAACACUUCACAGUCACAGCGAGUAUUUACCACUUGCGGCUGGUUUUGUUACCGAAAUGGAUGUUCAAGGUGCCAUGAGUUUCGAUCUUGCCGGACAAAUUCAAUUAAGUCUUUGGUCGAGAAACGCUAAUUCUUUGGUAGACAUGAGUGCUGGUAUCGUAAUCCAAGGUGGUACCAAAUUACGAUCGAAUUUCGUUCAAAGUAUGACCGAAUUUUCAUUAACCAUGGAACCAAAAUUGGAACUUAUCACUGACGUUGAUUUUUCCGGUCAAGUUUCACUUUGCAUGAGAUUAAGCCAACCGGACACAAUGAUCAGACAACAAGUAUACAAAAUCGAAAGGAUACCUGGCAGCAGACACAGAUUAAGAAAAACACGAAGAAUAAAACUCUUUUCUCCUGGUAGAUCGUACUUGCUUAACAGAAAAAACAACGAAAUGUGCUCUAAAGUGUAUAGUUAAAAAAAAAA